CCAGACCGGGAGGCCUGCGCCGUGCCGAAGGGGUGUGGAGCAAGCACGAGCGGGAGGCCGGGGGCGGGGCUGCGGGCCAGGCCUCGGCCUCCACGUGCGGGGCGGGCCAGUUCCGCCCCUCGGCGGGCGCUUCCCAGAUCUGCUCGAGUCUAUGGAGGAAAAACUCCGCUGCGUCCGCGAUUCCCAUGGCCGCAGCCGCCUGCGGCACCAAAGCCAUGGCCCUCUUCAAGCGCACCUUGGUGCUGAGUCCCGCCGCGGCGCCCAGGGGCCCGGGCACAGGCACCGCCCCGCGGGGCUGCUCUUUGCCUCCUGCCGCCUGGCCCUACAAGGACUGGCCGCGAGGAGAGGGCUGCAGGCUGUGGAGCCGCCUGCCCCAGUCCCACUCCCACUCCUGCUCGUCGACGUCUCCCAGCGCCGUGUGUCUUGUCUGCCCGCAGGACUCGCUCAGCAGCAGCCUGAAAACUUGCUACACGUAUCUGAAUCAGACGAGUCGCAGUUUCGCAGCUGUUAUCCAGGCGCUGGAUGGGGAAAUGCGCAAUGCAGUGUGCAUAUUUUAUCUGGUCCUCCGAGCUCUGGACACGCUGGAAGAUGACAUGACCAUCAGUGUGGAGAAGAAGGUCCCGCUGUUACACAACUUCCACUCUUUCCUUUACCAGCCAGACUGGCGGUUCACGGAGAGCAAGGAGAAGGACCGCCAGGUGCUGGAGGACUUCCCAACGAUCUCCCUCGAGUUUAGAAAUCUGGCUGAGAAAUACCAAACGGUGAUCGCUGACAUUUGCCGGAGAAUGGGAAUUGGGAUGGCAGAGUUUUUGAAUAAGCAUGUGACCUCUGAACAGGAGUGGGACAAGUACUGCCACUAUGUUGCUGGGCUGGUAGGAAUUGGCCUUUCCCGUCUCUUCUCGGCCUCAGAGUUCGAAGACCCCUUAGUUGGUGAAGAUACAGAACGUGCCAACUCCAUGGGCCUGUUUCUGCAGAAAACAAACAUCAUUCGUGACUAUCUGGAAGACCAGCAAGAAGGAAGAGAGUUUUGGCCUCAAGAGGUUUGGAGCAGGUAUGUUAAGAAGCUGGGGGAUUUUGCCAAGCCGGAGAAUAUUGAGUUGGCCGUGCAGUGCCUGAAUGAACUUAUAACCAACGCGCUGCACCACAUCCCAGACGUCAUCACCUACCUUUCGAGACUCAGAAACCAGAGCGUGUUUAACUUCUGUGCUAUCCCACAGGUGAUGGCCAUUGCCACUUUGGCUGCCUGUUACAAUAACCAGCAGGUGUUCAGAGGGGUAGUGAAGAUUCGGAAAGGGCAAGCCGUGACCCUGAUGAUGGAUGCCACCAACAUGCCAGCUGUCAAAGCCAUCAUAUAUCAGUAUAUGGAAGAGAUUUACCAUAGAAUCCCCGACUCAGACCCAUCUUCCAGUAAAACGAGGCAGAUCAUCUCCACCAUCCGGACGCAGAAUCUUCCCAACUGUCAGCUGAUCUCCCGAAGCCACUACUCCCCCAUCUACCUGUCCUUUGUCAUGCUCUUGGCUGCCCUGAGCUUGCAGUACCUGACCACACUCUCCCAGGUCACGGAAGACUAUGUUCAGACUGGAGAACACUGAUCUCAAAUCUGUCAGGAAGCUGAAGUUCACCAUGAAAUGGAUUUACUUUUUUUCUUCAAGGAUGGAUGUUGGCUUCUACUUUUUUCCCUUCUACUUUAAUCCCUAAAAGAACUCUGUGUGGCUGGGACCUUUAGGAAACUGAAAUGCAGUUGAGAAGAAUAUAAACACGAAAGGAAAAGGAAAGGGUGGCUCACCGCAGCAACCUGUGCUUGGGGGAGGUGACUGUGCUGCUUGUGGCUCAGGUCAGAGCAUUCUGUGCCAUGCUUUAGUUGAAAUGGCUGCAUAUGGGACUGUUAUGAGGUCUUAUUUAGUGUGAUCCUGGCUAGAAAAUUAAUUAAAGUAAUUUGAAGCAACCUUUGAAUGUUAAUCGUAGAAGAUGAAUUUACUUUCUGUUCAGUUCCUAUUUUUAUCAUUUUGUUUUCUUUAAUUGGAUUGAAUGGAGUUGAUAGAAAUAUUUGUGGUUUAGGUAAUACUUUCAUGUUUCCUAAGGAGGCCAACUGCCUUUUGCAUUAUGAAGCCUGGGAAUAAAAUUCUGGGUGUUCUAGUAUGAUUUUUUCAUUCAAAGGGAGUUUAGUUUUGAGAGAGAAACAGCAGGAUUGCCUUUGACCCCAUUUUACAAGAUUGGCCUCCAGCAAAGGUGGACAUUUUUGAGAUUUUUAUAAUAAAUAAUGUAAUUGCUCUG